UCACGAGAGAAUCUACAAGGAGGAGUACGGCUGGGAACGUUACUACAAACUGAAGCCCACCUACAAAUGGAUGAAGGUUCUUGAAGCCAAAUAUCCGGGAGUUGUGACAACCGUUGUGUCGGGACAGAGCUACGAAGAGCGAGAUGUCAUGGGCAUCAAGAUAUCCUAUGGAGCGGAUCAUCCAGCGAUUUUCAUUGAAUCUGGAAUGCAUGCUCGUGAAUGGAUUUCCCCGGCAACUGCCACUUACAUCGCCAACGAGCUUCUGACUAGUGAAGAUCCAGAAGUCAGGAGAAUCGCCGAAUCAUACGACUGGUACAUUUUCCCAAUCACCAAUCCCGAUGGCUAUGAAUACACGUGGCAAGUGAAUCGUCUCUGGCGAAAGACGCGAAAACCCUGCGGACUCUGCUAUGGAGCUGAUCCCAAUCGCAACUGGGACUUCCACUGGAGGGAAGCUGGCACUAGCAGCUAUCCUUGCUCCGAAGUUUAUGCUGGAAAGAAGGCCUUCUCAGAGUCAGAGACCAAGAGUCUGGCAGACUUCAUCUCAACCAUCUCUGGCCUGAAACUCUACGUCUCCAUUCACUCUUAUAGUCAACUUCUUCUCUAUCCGUUCGGAGUGAAAAGCGUGACUUUGUCCAACACUGAAGACUACGACACGAUAUCCAACGCCACUGUCGAGGCGAUCGCCCAGCGAUAUGGAACCAAGUACAUCUACGGAAACAUUGUCGACACGAUCUAUCCUGCCGCCGGAGCCUCAAUUUGUUGGGUCAACGGCGUGUUGAAUGUGCCUCUGACUUUCGCCUUUGAGCUUCGUCCUGACAGUGAAUCUGAGUACGGCUUCUUGCUGCCUCCGGACCAGAUUAUCCCAACGGGAGAGGAAACUCUGGACGGAUUUGUUGCCAUGAUUCAGACAUCAGAAUCUCUUGGCUACAUGACGUUUUAUCAAAAUCUCUCUACGAUCCACGAUGCUCUCCAUAUGUUGGUAAAUAAGCAUCCUGAUGCGUUUACCAUGAUCGGCGCAGGGAAGAGUUACGAAGGACGAGAGAUUCUUGGUGUGAAAGUGACUCGGGGAAAAGACAGACCGAUCAUCUUCAUCGAGGGCGGCAUUCAUGCUCGCGAAUGGAUUGCUCCUGCGACGGUGAUGCACAUUUUGGGAUCGCUGGCGUAUUUGGACACACCGGAAAUCAGACACAUGCUCUUGAACUACGAGUGGCACGUCUUUCCUGUUGUGAAUCCAGACGGUUACGUGUAUUCUCACGACGUUGAUCGCAUGUGGAGAAAAACCAGGCAGCCUUACAAGAAUUGCUUUGGAGCUGAUCCCAAUCGCAACUGGGACAUCAAUUGGAAAGGAGAUGCAGUCAUGGACGAUCCCUGUUCGGAUGUGUUUCCAGGACCACACGCCGAAUCAGAGCCUGAAAUUAAGGCUCUUGCCAACUACUUGAAGUACAUCAGAAAGAUGUUGAACUUGUACGUGUCUUUUCACAGCUACUCGCAACUGUUAAUGUUUCCAUAUGCUUACAAGAAAGAGCAUCACAAGGAUUAUAAGCAGUUUAGCGAUAUUGCGAAUGCAGCAAAGGAAGCUAUUAUCAAGAAGUCCGGAAUUUACUAUAAAAUUGGUUCAAUUAGCGAAGUGAUUUAUCAAGUUAGCGGAAGUUCACUUGAUUGGGUUUCAGAUGUUCUCGGAGUUCCUCUGGCAUUUGUAUACGAAUUGAGACCUUUUGAAGCAUCAUUUGAACUUCCUGAGGAUCAAAUUGUUCCUGUUGGCGAGGAAAUUAUGGAAUCGCUCAAAGCAAUGAUUCAUCGUGCGGAAGAACUCGGCUAUAUGAAGAAGAUAUUGAAUUAA